GUAACAUUCAAACAGACUCUCACAUGCAUUGCGUUCACAGCAUUCACAGCACUAUUGCAUUCACUUUAAUACAGUUAUACAGCAUAUCGUGAUUCACAUUACAUAACAUUUAUGAUGCAAACCAUUGGCCACCGAUUGUCCGCAUUUGCCGUAUUAGUUGUCAUACAAGUCAUAUCAUUGAGAGCUGUGCUCACGGGUGGUGUUGUGGCCAAUGAUAAUCACCAGAUGAUCACCAUUUCAUCCACCAAUACAUCCAAUGCCUCCUCAUUCACCUCCCGGUGCCCUGUAUUGGACGCCAAUCCCAUAGACUCUGAAGAUGUGAUUUUCCUGAGUUCGUGGCAAACGAUGAAAUACUGGACAUCAAACUCAGCGCUUCAUUCGUCCAAAACAAUUGAUGUCUUGGAUUCAGUGAAUGCAUCGAAUGACAGGAAAUUAACUGCAAUUGACUUUUAUGCCUCCGAAGACCAUUGUGUGAAUGUCUUGGUUUGGGCCGAACUGACCACCAAAACAGUACUAGCCGUCAAUUCUUUGAAUAAAACUAUUUAUUUAGCAUUAUUUCAAUUUUCUCGAAUCGAUGUCUUCGAUAUCGAGCGACAAGUGAUUAGCAAUUUCUUGACAAAUGUCUCAAAACCGGUGGACAUUGCCAUCGAUAGUGAGCGACAAAUGUUGUUUUGGAUCGAGAACUGGACGUGCAUUUCCCAGACGUCCUUAACUCACGUCAAUAUAGUGAAGAUGUGCUCAACUAAAGCCCGGGCCAUA